GCCUCCUCGCUUAAAAUGGCGGCCGCGAGGAGCCGGGAGGCGGCGCGGGGCGGGGCGCGGGGCGGGCGCCUCCGCGCGCGGGGCCUGCUGGGGGUCGGCGCGCGCGGGCUGCCGGGAACGGGGCGGAGCGCGGCCGCGCCGGCGCGUCGAGGGGGACAGGCAGCCGCCGCGAUGGACGUGUUCCUCAUGAUCCGGCGCCACAAGACCACCAUCUUCACGGACGCCAAGGAGUCGAGCACUGUGUUCGAGCUGAAGCGCAUCGUCGAGGGCAUCCUCAAGCGGCCGCCCGACGAGCAGCGGCUGUACAAGGACGACCAGCUCCUGGACGACGGCAAGACGCUGGGGGAGUGUGGCUUCACCAGUCAGACAGCGCGGCCCCAGGCCCCAGCCACAGUGGGGCUCGCGUUCCGGGCAGAUGAAGCUUUUGAGGCCCUGCGCAUUGAACCGUUCUCCAGCCCACCUGAGCUGCCAGAUGUGAUGAAGCCCCAGGACUCAGGAAGCAGCGCCAACGAACAAGCAGUGCAGUGAGGGCCCUGCGCCCCCCCAUGUCCCCCCAAUAAAAGAUUUGGGUGUCUGC